CUCAAAACCUCCACCUCCCCCAGCUAUCCAGCUUCGAGAUACUUUCUUCUUCGAUAGCUGGUCUCUCCAAAUUUCUUCCCAUAUUUUGCUUCAUUUCUAUCUUUGGGCUAUAUACAUUAUCGGCUCUAUUCCUGAAGCUCUCAUAGCAUAGUAUCAUAUACCCAUAGACAGAGUCUUAUUUCGUUCUUCUCUUUUCUCUUCCUUUUCAUACAUUAUACCCCAACAGAAUGGCGCCGCAAGACGACAAAAGGCGGCCUACCGCCCUCAAACUAGGACCAUCGCGAUCCUCUUCUACUGGAUCCUCUUCUACCUCGUCGCUUAAGCCGCCAAGGACACCCAGAUUCGCAGAAGCCACCACAGUUUAUUCACCGGUAGAGCAAAGAAGCAUGCCGUUUGGAAGAGAUGACAGAUCACAUACCGCGCAGCCCCAACCGGCGGACGUAGGGUUUGGAUAUAUCAACGACGACUCAAGUAGUGCACCAGUAAACGUGCCAAUGACACCGAAGUCGCCUCUUAAGAGCGCAAUGAAGGUUCCAGGUACACCAGGAAGGAAAUUCGACAACCCAUUAAGCCCGACGUUUAGGGAAGAGGAAAUAUUAGAGAAGCGCGAAAAGGCCACGGAUAAGGAACAAAAGAAGGACUUGGGCAUCAAGACGAAAGUACGAAUGGCCAAGUUCGCUCUUCGAGGUGUUAGCUUUAGCUGCAGUACCAUUAUCCUAGCCAUGCUCGCCUCUUCGUUCUCCAUCUUCCACGCGACCAAGUCACUACCAGCACAAAACGGCCUACCACCAUGGGCAUCAGGCACACAAACAUGGCCGCAAAUCCUCGUCUUGUGCGUUUCCUGCACCAACCUCCUCAUCUGCAUUCUCAUCUUCAUCGGUUACUGCCGUGGCGGCCACCAUCGCGCCGAGAAAGUUGGUGUGUACUACACGCUAUUCGCAGUUGGGUGGUUUAUCGUAUCUGUGAUCCUAUGGGCUGCCGCUGCCGGUGUCUUGCAAUUCACGAGGAACAACAGUGGUAACCAAGACAUGUGGGGAUGGGCUUGUGUUCAAAACCACCGUGCCGACCUGUUCUCGCAGAAAGUCGAUUACGAACUCGUUUGCAGACUUCAGAACUGGUCUCUGAUCUGUAUUAUUAUCGAGAUCAUAAUCGAUGUUAUCACGAUCGUCCUAUACAGCGUCGUCUUCUACCGAUACUACACCAAGCGUCGCCUAGCCAAGUCGAUGGACCUACGAGAUCGCGCUAGAUCCGAUCUAUACCUCGCCCAAUUGCGCUCGCAAUCAGCGCCUAACACACCAGGCUUCGGCCCCAAGUCUCCAUCCUACUCCCAGUACGCCAUGUCGCCGCGCUUCCCGCCCUCGGUCUACAAGUCGCUAUCAGAUAUUGAGGAGGGUCCUUCAUUCACACCGGGACCACAAGUCGCUGAGCCGCAAUCAUCCUUCGCGGCCCCGAGCAAGCCCGCUGAGAAGCCAUUCAAGCUGCAGGCUCCUCCAACUAAGGCUCCCUCAGCCACCCCCAAGCUAGGUCAGGGUGCCUUCCGAUCACCCACGACCCCUGACGCCCCGGGUCCUAGUUCUAUCAACGAGCACGGUCCUGUCGCACCUGGCGAGGUUCAGUACGACGCCGUUCCCAUUCCGGGGGCUUACAACGACGCCCUCAGGAGCCCGCCCCCAGCUCAGACGACUUUCGGUCACGCACGAUGAACAGGCGUAGCCUAAAAAAACAAUAAAAAUAAACAACAUUAUUUAUCUGAAUAUAGCCUAAUUUCAUUUGUUCAGCUGAGCUGGAAAAAAGGGGGAUUAAGUCGAUUCGAAGUUUGGAAAUUUCCCUCCAAUCACGUGGUACCAUUU